ACAGGGGCCUCCACCCUCACUCCAGGGGCUCCCCAGCUCUAUCUGAUGCUAAGGAGGAAGUGAUACUGGGGAGGAAGUGAGCGCCAGCACUGAGGUGAGGGGCUGAGCCAGGCAGCAAGACUGAGGAGGGCUGGCGAUCCAUGGCUGCCGCCCUGGGGGAGGACCUGGCCCAGGCCCCCGAUACCCAGGACGAUUCCAGCUCACUUGGCUCAGACUCGGAGCUCAAUGGUCCGGGGCCCUACCGCAGGGCGGACCGCUACGGCUUCAUCGGGGGCGAUGCCCAGCUCCCGGAGGCAGGCCCAGGGCAGCCCCCGCUGGAGCUGAUCCGGCAGCGAGAAAUGAAGUGGGUGGAGAUGACCUCUCACUGGGAGAAGACCAUGUCCAGGCGGCCCAAGAAGGUGAAGAUCCAGUGCCGAAAGGGGAUCCCCUCUGCCCUCCGUGCCCGCUGCUGGCCCCUGCUUUGUGGGGCCCGAAGCCGACAGGCCCAAAACCCCAACACCUACCAGGAACUGGUCUCAGCCCCGGGGGACCCUCAGUGGCUGGAGACCAUCGGCAGAGACCUGCAUCGCCAGUUCCCCCUCCACGAAAUGUUCCUGUCCCCCCAAGGUCAUGGGCAGCAGGGACUCCUGAAUGUGCUCAAGGCCUACACCCUCCACCGACCUGAACAGGGCUAUUGCCAGGCCCAGGGGCCGGUGGCUGCCGUGCUGCUCAUGCAGAUGCCCCCCGAGGAGGCUUUCUGGUGUUUGGUGCAGAUCUGUGAGUUCUACCUGCCAGGCUACUACGGACCCCACAUGGAGGCCAUCCGGCUGGACGCCGAGGUGUUCUCGGCCCUGCUGAGCAAGCUGUGUCCGCGGAUCCACAAGCACCUCCAGCAGCAGGGCGUGGGGCCCCUCCUCUACCUGCCCGAGUGGUUCCUCUGCCUCUUCGCCCGCUGCCUGCCCUUCGCCACCGUUCUGCGCAUCUGGGACGCCUUCUUCAGCGAGGGGGUGAAGGUCCUGUUCCGGGUGGGGCUGACCAUGGUCCGCCUGGCCCUGGGCACGGCCGAACAGCGCAGGUCCUGCCCGGGGCUGCUGGAGACGCUGGAGGCGCUGCGUUCCAUCCCGCCGGCCCAACUGCAGGAGGAGCCCUUCAUGGCGCAGGUUCACACGGUGGCUGUGUCAGAGCGAGACCUGCGGCGGGAGAGCCUCCUUCAGCUGGCCAAGCUCCAGCACGCCUCCCCGGAGCUGCAGCUGAGGCCCCAGGACCGCCUGCCCGGGGCCCCGGCCAUCUUUGAGGCUCAGCAGCUGGCCGCCGCCAAGCCGCCGGGCCGGGAGGUCCCGCGCAUCGUGGUGCACCCCCCGGAGGAGCCGCGGCCCCGGAAGAAGCCCCAGACCCGGGGCAAGACCUUUCACGGGAUCCUGAGGCGACCCCGGGCUCCCCCGACGGAGGGCCCCUCCAGGAGCCACCGGGCCUCCUCCUCCUUCCUGGACACGCGGUUCUGAGAGGCCUCCUGGGAGGCUGGGGAGAGAGGGGACGCAGCGAGCUUCGAGGCUGCCCCACCGGCCUCCCUUCUCCGGACCCAGUGGCGGGAAGGCCACUUGUCUCCAGGGGCUGCGGGCCUGUGCUCCUCCUGCUCUUGGGGAGGACCGUCCCUGCACCCCUCCUCCCCUGGCUCCCCUCUGCAGCCUGGAUCGGCCAGGGAGGCCCAGGCCCCAGUUCCGGCCCCUCCAGGUGGGCCUAGAGAUUGGUCACAGGCAGGUGAUAGUCACCGGCUCCAGCAGGAAAGGGUCUUUGUGCCCAGCGAGAUUCUGGGGUUCUGCCCCUCGGGGCUCCAUCGCCAGCCCGGACUCAUCACCUCUGGCCCUGAAUCGCCCGUGAUGUCGGAUCGGGCCCUUCUCACUCCUGGCCUCAGUUUCCCCUUCAGAACCGGGGGGAAGAGUUGGGCUGGCUCGGACCCAAGAUGGGAGAGUGAAGGCCCGAGGCCUCUGGGACACGUGUAGGUGCUUAAUAAAGGCUGGUUCCAUUGGCCACA